AUGUUUCUGAGACAGAACCCACCAACGUUUAACGGGUUAGGAGACCCAACGGUGGCAGAAACAUGGAUCCGCACACUGGAGCGCAUAUUUGACUUCUUACACUGCACCGACCAGGAGCGAUUGUCCUGUGUGACUUUUCAACUAACUGGACCCGCGGACUUUUGGUGGGAGGCGAGGAAAAAGACUAUGGCUCCGAUGCAACUGAGAGAAAUGACUUGGGAUGAAUUUAAAACUGAGGUCUAUGAGAAGUAUAUUCCCAAGAGCUACAGGAAGAAAAAAGAAGCUGAAUUCUAUCAUCUGAAGCAAGGACGAAUGUCGGUAACAGACUACGACCGGAUGUUCUGUGAGAUGGCUCGGUACGCCCCAGAUCAGGUAGAUACCGACGCCAAGAUGGCUGAAAAGUUCUGUACUGGUCUGAGGCACGAGAUACGCAUGACGCUGGCUAGCCACGGAGGACUGUCCUACACUGAGGCUCUGGGACGAGCACUGGACAUCGAGGCAGCCAUGCCAGGGGAAAAGACUGCCCCAACUGUGAACCCUACUCUAUCCCCAACUCAGUCCCAAGCACCCAGGGACAAGAGAAAGUGGGAGGGACCACGAGCUCAGCCUGAUCCUAAGAAGGGAUGA